AUGCCGUGCACAUCACCUCGCAACAAAGCAACUGCAGGCCGUAGCAUACGCUUCAAUCCAUACACACGGCCCUACACUUCAAGCAAUGACAGUAUUGCACCCAUCAUCGCACCUCUGACGAGAACACUUGCUUUGUAUUUCGAUGAGGAGGUCGCGCAGGUCGCGCUAGAUAAUACUCUCGAGUGGAUGGGAUCCGCUAUGUUCGUCAACGAAUCUCAUACACUCGAGGGGACAAGAGGAAGUCUGCAAGAUGUUCCAAUGCCAAACAUUGACCUCACAGAAAAUGAGAAUAGACCCACAUUCUUGGCGGCGAACUUCAUAGCCUCUGAUGUCAGCCACGUCAGUCAUCAUAUGGGGCGCCUGUCUCCAGAUAAAAGAAAACUCGUUCGCAGCCUAGAGAAAGUGGUAAACAAGUGUAUUGAUCGCAAAUGUGAAGGGGACCAUCCUACUACUGACCUUUUACGUGAGAGGAUCUAUGCAGCACUUGAGGGAGCAGUAUUGGGCAUAGAGGUGGACGAGAUUAUGCGCAGGCAUGCCUCAAAGGCCGAGAACUCGGCAAAAGAUGAUGACAGACACAAGCUUGCAACAGAUACAGAUAACAACAGUUUAAUUCCACCUACAGCACAAUGCAUUAUUAACGGCAUGAGACGUGGAUUGUUUUCCCUUGGAACAGUCCUCACCGCACAAUCAGAACCAUGCGGACUAUUUUCAUUUAGAACAGUUCCAGAACCGUUGCAAGUAAUCCAUAGGUCGGGUGCAUUAUUAUGUUCACCUGCUGGAAUGCCAGGGGAGUAUCCAACUGCAUAA